AUGAUAAAUAUUUACCUAAUUUUAUUUUACCUUGUUUUAAUUUGCGCACAGAAUUCAUAUGCGAAAAAAAUAAAAAAAUAUGAAUACAUAAAUUUAUUAUCAGAUAAAGAUUAUAAAGAAAAACUUAAUAAUUUAAGAAAAGUAUAUAAUACAAAAGACAGCAAUGUGGGCUUAAAAAACAAAUAUAUUUAUUCUUUUUAUGGAACUUCAGGAUAUACCAAAAAAAAACUUUUAGAAAGUUUAUUUAACAUUCCUGCUAUCACAGAUACAUCAAAUGCUACUACUCCUUUGAGUACAAAUUUCAUAAAUUUAGGGUUUCAACAAAAGUUCGAUUUAUGGUUUGGAUAUGAUAUGAAUGAUAAUUUUAAUGUUGUACUGAAUUUGGAUAUAUUAGAAAAUAAAGAAAUUUUAGAUAAUGCCAAUAAAAUAAUAUAUAAUUAUGAAAGGCUAAUAAAUUUUAUUCUUGAAACAACAAAUAGCAUUAUAAUACCUCUAUCAAGGGAAGACAUAAAAUUUGAAAAUUUAUUUGAAAAAAGCGAAACAUCAAAAGAGCAUAGAGGAGCAGGUAAUGAAACAAAACUGAAAAGCGAUAAAUUCGAAGGAAUACAAAAUGAAAAUAAUAAAUUGGAUAAUACUUAUGAAACAAAUAAUAAUAUUGAUUUGAAAAAAAAUUCUGUAAUAUUUAAUUUUCCACCAAAAAUCGAGCUAUUUUUAAAAUACUUAAAUGAAAGAAAAAAAAAUGUUCAUAUAUAUUUUGUUCUUUUAGAGGAUUUUAAUGAUAAUAAAAGCAAAAGAUCACAAUAUAUUUUUUCAAAUUUUGUGACGGGAAUAAAAAAUAAAUUUAACAAUUUAAAUAAUAUAUACUUAAUGAAACAAAAUAAAAUAGAUUUAAAUAUGAUACAAAAGAAUAAUGUAUAUAAAUAUAAAUUUUUAGUAGAUAAUGUAGAAAAAGAAAUAAUAAAAAUGGGUAGUUUUAAAAAUUUUUCUAAAUUUAAUCAAAAAUGUGUAUAUAAUAUAUAUGCUAUAGAAGAAGCAUAUAAUAAAACCUUAAAUCAUUUUGAUUCUAUAUAUUUUGAAUAUGAACAAAAUAUAAUUAAUGGAGGCGUUAUAAAAAAUUACGGAUAUUUGUCUAAUGAAUUAUUAAAAGGUGCAUUAUUUUUUUUCCAUAUUUUAACAUUUAAUCAAACAGGAAUCAAACUAAAAAAUGUGAUAAUGGAAAAGUUGGAGAAUAUAUUUAAAGCACUAAUACAUAAACAAAUAUUAAAACAGCUAUUAAAUUUACAAGAUAUAUAUUUAAAUAAAGCAAAAAAUAUUGUAUUGAGUAAUAAUUAUAUAGAAAGUGAAAAAGAAUUGAUUGAAAAUAAAAAAAAUAAUAAAAUAAAACAUUUUAAAAAUAUACUACUAAAAGAAUUUAAAGAAGACAUCAAAAAUUUAGUAUACCAAAAUGAAGAAACCGAUAAAAAUGAUGCAACACAAAAUUUUGAUAAAUCGUUAAAUGAAUUUGUAAAACAAUUUGAAGAAAAACUAGAGACUAUUAUAAAUAAUUAUAACGAAUUAAAUAAAAGGCCAUUAAAAAAAUUAUUUGAAAAAAAAAAAAAUGAAAAUAAUAAAAAUUCUACAAAUAAAUGGAUAAAAUGGCUUAAUCCAUCUUUAAAUUUUAAUUUGACCUUAACAUCACUAAUUAGAAAAAGUGGAUAUGGAAAUUUUCAAAGUUAUUUUAUUUACGAUUUAGGGAUAUUGACAUUAGUUUUUGGAUUAGUAAAUGAUCGAGGCACAUUUGAUGUUCAGAAAAAUCCUGGAAAAGUUCCAUUUUUCAAGUUUCAGCCAAAAAUUAAUUUGAAAUUAAAUUUCAAUUAA